AUGCUGUUAAACGCCUACCGUAACGAACGCCCCGGGAUCCGCGUCGCCUACAGAACGGACGGCCAACUCCUCAGUCAACAGAGGAUGCACUUCCAGUUGCGUGUAUCCACAACCAUCGCCCGCCAACUUCUUUUCGCCGAUGACUGCGCCCUAACCACCAUUUGGGGAGGGUGCAUGCAAGGGAAUAUGGGUCUCUUCACUGUCGAUUGCGAUAACUCCGGCCUCGUCGUCAACACGGAGAAGAUGGUGGUCAUGCACCAAACGCCGCCCAACACUGCCCACAAUGUCCCGCAAAUCAGUGUGAGCGGAACCCAUCGGCAAGUGGUGGACAACUUCACGUACCUGGGCAGCACCCUCUCCCACAGCACCAAGAUCGACGACGAAGUGGCCCGCCGGAUUUCCAAGGCCAGUUAUGCCUUUGGUCGUCUUCGAAACACAGCAUGGAAUCGUCACAUUCUUCAACUUAGCAAUAAACUGAAGAUGUACAAGGCCGUCAUCCUACCGACAUUGCUUUGUGGAGCAGAGACCUGGACGGUGUACAUGGAGCAGGCACGUAGACUCAAUCACUUCCACUGCAGUUGUCUCCGUUGA